UUGUUUAUUUUCUUGACUCUUAGUUAUGUUCUGAUUAUUGCUGUUGUUGUCUCAUUCUUUCUUUCUUUUUAACCUUGCGGGUUCCUUAUGUUUUUGUUUGUAGUUUUGUAGUUUCUGUGUUUUCUUUCAAUUUAUGUGGAUGUCAUCUUACUGUAUCUUGAUUCUUAUGUACUUGGGUUUGCUGUGGAGUUUCUAAUAAAGGGCUUCUGUUUUCUUUUGAGCAACAGAGAAAGUAGAUUGAAUUUAUGGGAAAUAUGUGUAAUUUUGAAGUGAUUCAUAAUAUGCUCUUAGUGUUUUAUGAUGAUAUACCUUUUUAUAAGUAUUUUAGCAUAUGAUUAGAUUUUUGGAAAUUUAUGCACUCUGUAUAUUGAAGGUAAGUACUAUAUCAAGGCCAGUGUUUAUCAAGAAAAGUAUUAAGUUCUUAGAUGCUGAAGCCCCUAAUCUAAGAUGGAAAAACUACAUGAAGCUAGUAGAAGGGAUUUUGUUCUUGGAUUAUAGACCUGUAUAAGAACGAUUGUAUUGAAUCAAAGAUUUUAAUCUCAUAUGUGGGGAAAUGAUUGAAUAGUUUGAGUGACUGGAUGAACUUGAGUCAUGGGUUUAUAUGCCAAUGAUUUUACUCUCUGAAAAUGUGGAGGAAUUACCUUCUGAUGCACAUAACUGCUGUAGUUUUGCACCCUAUUUUGUUUGUUUUCCAGAGUCAACUUGGGUUGUCCUUUUCCCUAUAGAUCGUUAAUUUGCUAAUUUGGACAUCAUGACGUGGUUUGCCCCAUGGCCAAAUUAAGUCUUACCAAAUGAUUUAAGUUCUUGCAUAUAUGUCAAAGGGAUGGAAGGUUCUGACUUUCCUAGGUAUUACAUGGCUGUCUGUCAUAUACCUUGAAUUCGGAUAGAAUCUGACCAUUGCUUUGGAGGGCAGCAGUUAGUAUACCUGUUUCUAGGGCCAGCCACUGGACUAAAGAACUGAAAAAGAUCGAGAGUAUUGCUUUUGUUCAUCAGGAACUAACAUGUAUUAUGCAAUCUUGUUUAUAGUGCACAAUCAGAAAAUUUCAACAUUUUUCUUGGUCAUUCAAGUUUCAGGAACAUUUGGUUCUUGAACUUGCAUUUAAGAGUGUUGGAUUACUGGAAGUAAGUAGGAUGUAAGCUUUAUGGAAAAUGAAAACACAGUUUGGAUUAAAUUCCAUUCUUUUUUUUCUCUUUCUAUUAUUGAGGUAUCAUUUGAUACUUUUAAGUUUUAACCUGAUAAGUUCGUGAAUCCGGAAAGGAAGGUAGGUGUUGUAAAGGAAGACAUUAUGUCAGAUCAGUCAGAUAAAGUAACCUCUUUACUAGAACUGCUACUUCUGCUGUUACUGAAUAAUUUUUUAAUCUGUCAUCUUUCCAGCGUAAUGUGAUUGUUUUGGACAAUCUUUGUUUGUGAAAAUCAUGGGAUAUUUGGACUUCAUCGCUUUUCUUUUAUCUUCAUGUACCUGAGCAUGGAUGUAGAUUAGAAUAUUUACAAUGAAGGAGUAUAUGAUGCUUUGUUAUCAUAUUCUCCUAAAAUGGUAGCGGUUUUACCAUUUCACUUAUCUUGAAGAAUUUCCACCUAAAGUACACACUAUAAUUGACCCUUAAAUAAUGUUUGUUCUUCUUAGUUAUGCUUGGAGCUGGUAUAAGGGAAAUGCUUGUUGGUGUCAUAUUAUUCUUAUUUUGAUCUUCCCCAUGGCACUUAGACCGAGCAAGAUUUCGAGCAGUGCUUUUGUGAGUCGGAGGACAAGUUCUUCUAGUUUAAAAGGAGUUAUAUGUUCUUUUGCCAAGUCAUUGCCACAAAGUAAGCUACAAUCUGUAAAUCAUGGAAUUGAGUUGCGGCAACUGAGCAGUGCACAUCUCUUGACGGCGAAAUUGGGUUCUGCUGAUAAUUUGUGGGGAAUACAUGGACAGCCAGUUAGUUUCACUGUGUCUCGGAGAUCAUCCACAUUGUGCCAUUCCACACAAACUCCUGGGACUGAAGAAAAAGAAUGUGUUAGACCUUAUGGUGAUUGUUCUGAUACCAGUGCACAAAUUGGAGAAGAAGAUGAGUGCUCGUUCAUGCCUGGGACAAUUAUUCACUCAAAUCAGGGCUUAGCUGAAGCUUGUAAAUUUGUGUACAAUGAUGCAAAAUAUGUAAAUGAAAGAGCUCGUAAUGACAUUAUCUUACUUUCACGUGGAAUUAUGAGGUUGGAUGCCCGUGCACGCAAAGAUGUUGCUAUUCUUGGGUCAGGGUUUCUGAAACUCGAUGCUCGGGCAAGAGAGGAUACAGAGAAAAUUGACCGCAACAUGAAGAAAAAAGCUGAAAGUCUUCAGCAUCUUGCUACUAUUCUGAAGGACAGAGCUCAGUCUAGAUUGAAAAGUGCUGCUGAUAAGCAUUGGAGUGAUGGAGCUUUAGAGGCAGAUUUGCGCCGUGCUGACUUCCGUGCCAAGCAACGAGCAAUGGAAGAUGCCUUAAUGGCUUUGGAGUUUGUUAAGAAUAUCCAUGAUUUGAUGGUGAGCAAGACGUACAAAUUCCCUCUGCAAAAGGAAAAAGGUUCUCUAUCAACUAAUGAAAUUCUGGGACGUAUAAUGCUUGAGAAAAAUGGAAGAACUCUGGAUUUCUUCCCGGGAGAAGUUUCUACAGAUCGCAUUACUGCCAUUCAGGAAGCUUACUGGAGUAUGGCGUCUGCACUCUCUGAAGCUGAUGGCAUUGACUACACUGAUCCAGAAGAGCUGGAGUUAUUAAUUACAACCUUAAUAGAUCUUGACGCAAUGGAUGGUAAAAGCAGCGUAUCCUUAUUGGCAGAGUGUUCAAGUUCUCCAGAUGUUAAUACAAGACAAGCAUUGGCAAAUGCAUUAGCAGCAGCCCCGUCCAUGUGGACACUUGGAAAUGCAGGCAUGGGAGCAUUGCAGAGACUGGCAGAAGAUAGAAACCCCGUGAUUGCUGCUGCAGCAUCCAGAACCAUCUAUGAACUGAAGAAACAGUGGGAAAUAGGGGAAGGAGAUAGCUGGAGGUUUAUGAUGAAUCAAAAAUCUGAAGAGAAAGUGGAUGGCCAAGAAGACAACAAUGGCGGCGAUACAGAAUGAGAAGCAUUCAUACACUUACUUACACUGUAGAUAUCUAUAUGUAGGUAAUAGGUCUAUUAAAUUGCAGGUUAACCCAGUGAUCAUCACCAGAGGCAAUUAGUACUGAUGUAAUGAAGGAGUAUCAUGUUUUACCUGUCCUUUUAAGUUAUAUGCAAGUUAUGCUCAAGGAUUGAAAUCUGCUUUGCCAAUUCCAGUGGCCACCAAGAUGUAGAGAUGAAGUUAUUGCUGAUGUUUAUGUCAUCAGAGGUUCCAAAUUGUAAUCGCAAGUGCUAAGCACCCAGCAUUUACAAACACCCUACAUGCCAGUAGCUUGCAAAUUCCAAAAUGGAUUCCAUUUAGGUCCAUAAUUAGACUUUUUUCUUUUCAUCA